GCCCGGGGUCUGACUUGUUGAUUCACUUUCCUCAGGACCGCCUUUCCACACGCCGCCCGUGUGCCGACCGGGAUCUGAUGAGAGUAUUCUGAUCGGUGGCAGACCCCCGGGCCCCCCCAGCGCUAUGGACUUUCCUGACCUGUGGAGAAACAUUAUGGACGUGAACCGAGGACUCGCCGCCCAGAGGUCAACCAUCUGGACCCGAUGAGCUCAGCCCCGUCUUUGGAUCAAAACGCUGGAAAUUGAAAACCGUCAAAUCUUGAAGUCAGUUCCCUGUGGAGACGACAGCCUAGGGUUGGGGUUCUAGUUUGGCACGCCUCAGGUAAGAGACCCGCGGUGUUGAGAUGGCGUUCAUGCCGGUGAAGUUCGACCUCCCCAAGAGGGUGAAGCUGGCCCAGGCGCUGUGGCUGCUCUACUGGCUCUCCGUCAUGGUGGGCAUCCUCAUCUUCAGCCUGGGCAUCUUCUUCAAGGUGGAGCUCCGCAAGAGGAGUGAGAUGAUGGACAACAACGAGAGCCACUUCGUGCCCAACCUGCUGAUACUGGUGGGGCUGAUGGCCUGCGGGCUCAACGCCUUCGGAGGGAAGGUCUGCCACGACUCCCUAGACCCCGCCAAGUUCCCCAAGUGGAAGCCCAUGCUGAAGAACUACCUUAUGUUCUGCUGCGGCUUCAACGUGCUUCUGCUGGCCACCGCCCUGCUGUGCUUCCUCAUGCAGUUUGCCCUGUACCUCACGCUGGCCGAGGGCCUGAGGAACGGCAUCCGCUUCUACAAGGACACCGACACGCCGGGACGCUGCUUCAUGAAGCGCACGCUGGACCUCACACAGAUCGAGUUCCGCUGCUGCGGGAACAACAACUACCGCGACUGGUUCGAGGUGCAGUGGAUCAGCAACCGCUACCUGGACAUGAGCAACGACGAGGUCAAAGACCGCGUGAUGAGCAACGUGGAGCAGAAGUUCCUGAUGGACAGCGUUCCGUUCAGCUGCUGUAACCCCGGCUCUCCACGGCCCUGCCUCCAGCACCACCUGACCAACAACUCUGCGCACUACGACUACGACCACCGCAUCGAGGAGCUCAACAUCUGGACGCGAGGCUGUCGGGAGUCCCUGGUGGCGUACUACGGCGGCAUCAUGAACAGCAUCGGAGCCUUGAUCAUCUUCACCAUCUUCCUGGAGUCUCUUGACAUGGCGGGGCUGAAGUACCUGACGACUGCGUUGGAGUCCCUGACAGACCCGGAGAACCCGGAGAGCGAGAGCGAGGGUUGGCUGCUGGAGAAGGGCGUGAAGGAGACCUUCUCCGACCUGCUGGCCUCCAUGAAGAGCCUGGUGAAGACCAACCAGGUGGAGGGCGGGGAGGAGCCCGCCGCCUGAGCCCCGCCCACUCCUCAAGGACUGAGGUCUGCUCCGCCCCCUCCUGGGCCAGAACCUCUGGACCGGGAGGAUCCAGGAAGGCUCCUCCCACUAACACCUUUCACACACACACACACACACACUGUCAAAACACACACCAAUCAUAGAACAAUACACACACACACACACACACACACACACACACACACACACACUAUCGCAACACGCAUCGUUACACGCAUACAGAUUCAUAGAGCAAUACAAACACAAAAACACAUCCCACACACAUUCAUAUGACAAUAAACACACA